AACUAAAGGUUGUCUACUUAUCGGUCUUCUAUUGAUUGCCUUUAUUCACAGAGCACAUAGAUCUGUGAUGGCAAAUACUGAUUUUCAUCUGCAAUUUCAAGAAUUUGAAGAUGAUCAAGGAUUCAUUGAACGUAACCAAGGUUCCACAACAGUGACCAUCGAUGAUCCCAUCAAAUCACGAAAACAACGUAAAGCUGCUGGAACUGCCCCUGAAGAAGAAGAGAUUGAUCCAUUGGACAGCAAUGACCAAACUGAGCUUCUGCCAGGUGAAAAAAAAAGUGCACCUUUCUGGACGUUUGAGUUCUACCAAACAUUAUUUGAUGUGGACAGCCAUCAGGUAAAGAACAGAAUAGUUGGUUCAAUUCUGCCUUGGCCUGGGAAAAACUUUGUCGAGGUCUAUUUACGAAGUAACCCGGACCUGUAUGGACCUUUCUGGAUCUGUGCAACUCUUGUUUUUGCCAUCGCUAUUAGUGGAAACAUCUCCAGUUUUCUGGUGCACCAGGGUCAGCCGAAGUACAAAUAUGUGCCAGACUUCAGGAAAGUAACCAUGGCAGCCACAGCAAUCUACAGCUAUGCAUGGUUAGUGCCUUUAGCUCUUUGGGGUUUUCUCACCUGGCGAAAUAGGAAGAUCACAAGCCUGGUGUCCUACUCCUUCAUGCAAAUAGUUUGUGUCUAUGGCUACUCGCUCUCCAUCUACAUCCCCGCUGUGAUACUGUGGAUAAUACCAAGUGAAGGGUUGAGGUGGUUCUCCAUCGUGGUAGCUUUGUGUCUCUCAGGAUCUGUGCUGGUAAUGACUUUCUGGCCAGCCAUCAGGGACGAUAAACCAAGGAUUACCAUAGCCAUUAUAGCUACCAUCGUGAUUCUUCACGUCUUACUUGCGGUUGGUUGCAAGGCAUGUUUCUUCAGUACAUACGAGAUGGAUCCAUCAGAGGAUCACAAUGAGCCAUUGAGAACGACCAGCACUUUAUCAUCCACAUAGGCAAACUGAACAACAGCCUUGACUUCAGUGAUGAUGUGGCACUCUCAUGUGCUCUGACUGCUGAACUGUUUUAAUAAUGAUGAAAUGGUAUAGAAAUGCCAGCCCUUUUAAAUGAGCCAAGUCAUUUGAUUGUAGUUGCUAAUGGGAAAACAAGACAUUGCAUUUGGCAAGAUGUUAACAUUAGACAAGACUUCCUGUGCAUAAUAUGUGCUCCUUGAGAGACUGUUAUUCUUCUGUAAUUGCAGCUUCUCGUCUUGCCUUAUUAGAGAGAAUCGGGUAUCUUGAUAAUUAGAUUGUGGGCUGUCUGGAUUUCUUCAUUUUAUAUUCUGUGAAGGUGAAAUUUAAAUUUUGAUGGCUUUAUGUUUGUAGGUGAGCAGCCAAACCUUGAGAUAAUCAUCUACAUGUUUGAAGUUUUCUGAUUUGAGGUUCAGACACAUGUUACUGUUACAAAGCAGGGGAUGUGUAUAUACUGUAGCUGUUGUUUAAAUAUUUAUGUGAUAAUUGAGAUUGAGAUGGGUUUUCAAAAGGGUUUCUCCUGUUUCUACCACUUUGAGCCAUGUACAUCCACUUAAAAUGUUUUUAACACUUUAAAACACUACAGUGUCAGCAGACAAAAGGCAUGGAAAAAUCAAAUAUUCUAUAAAUGUACUUAAUAACACAAUACUUACUCACAUAAACUGAUUACAUAUUUAAAUUAUAAUGAA